CCUGGACAGAGGUGGCUUGUUCCCGCUGUUUGGGGACAAUUUGCUUAAUCCCUGAAAUGGGAUACAAGGAAAAUGUGAGGCUCCGCAGUCUCUCAGGAACGGGGGGAAAGAUGGUGAAGUCUGGUUGACUUGAGCUUUCUUGGGUAAGCUUUCUCUGGAGAGUCUCUCUUGAAAUGACCCACACAGUGAAUAGCCAAACUCCUUUAAUUGAACCCUUUUCACUUCAGUUAAAGGAUGGGAGACAAUAUGGCCUUGGAUAUAUCUAGCAUAUAUCCAGUAUCAUUUCAACCUGUUAAAACUGGUGGCAGAUUUGAAUAUGAAACCACACCUAGCACUCAUUUGCUUUUCUCAAAUUCCUCUGGCCAGACUUCACUAUGUGAAAUAUAAGCCCCUAUUCAGAUGUCACAUCAGUUACUUUUCAGUUAGGGAAAUUCUGCUCUUUGAUCAUCGCUGCCAAUCUAUGUCAUAUUAGACAGCACUAGGCCUACGUACCAACUAUUGUCAGUGAUAAACAUGCUUUACUAUACCAUCAGGAUGUCAUAUGCUUUACAGCAUGGAUUGGUCAGGGUGUGAAAUAUACCUUUCAUCAUUGGGGAGGUGUAGCUGUGACGGCAUUUUGAGUUUCAACUUCACUGAGCAAAAUUAUGCCAUUAUUUUGUGUUGCAGUUGUAACCGUGUAAAAGGCAACAUAAUGACUCCAUUGCGUUUUUCAGAAGGUAGCCAGGUAACCUAACAAUACACUCUGUGACAAAACUGCCUGCAUCAACAGACUUCAUCAGAUGCAAAGCAUACCAGAUGAGUGUAAUUCACCUGAACGUAUCAUGGGGCCUGCGGUGAUGCUAUUGUACACAAUGGCAAAUCUUGUAAAUAUAUUGUUAUACAAACAUUUUAAUAUUGGUUGCUGCCCUUUCCAUAUCUCCAUAUUAAAGGGAUUGUAUGGCUCUGAUUAUAUUUCUGCUUGCCAUGGACGUGGGUUUUUUGUCAGUGGUAUUACACUGGCUCAGAAUACUGGUCUGGAGCGCUGGUGUCCUACAAACAGAAAUGCACAACAACAGUUUACUACACCAAAAGGUCUAAUGAGUAGAUACAGUCAACUUUAUGCAGAGUGCAGAUACAAAGCCAAUGACGUGUAGUUACAAUGGUGGUCUGCGCGCUGCUUUUUCAGCAAAUGACAUGACAACAUGUUGGGAAUUACCACGAAGCGUCAUCUACAUACGAAGACAGAAAAGUGUAAAAUUGCGUAAUAUGUCGAAUACCACGACAUUACAUAUAAAAUAUCAUAAAUGAAACCCCCAUACAUCGUUAGCCCAUAGAUGACCAGGCUACAUAACAGUCAAAGACUCGACUCGACAAAAUGUUAACAGGUGUUUCAUGGUAAUGCGUAGCCACAGUACGACCAGUUACUAUACAAUAUGAUUUGCUUUCAUGCAAAGUUGGUUACGUGAGGUAGGGGGUAUCCAGAGCUAUCACCUAGUCUGAACCACAUCGGCACGACUAGGGCCACAACUCGGAAAUUCCCAAUCUUUGAUAAGGCACUACAAGGCAGACGCCUCAUUUACCACAUGUGCGCACUGCUGUUACGCAUUCAGACACCCCAGUCCAGUCCACAGCUACCGCGCGCAGUGAAGACACAGAAAACGCGCCGACGCACAGCUUGAGCGUGGGGAACAGGGGGUGUUGUUUUCCUUCUGUAAUCAUAUAAAUCAUUCCUCAUACGUAGGGUCUUUUAGGGUGGGCUAAGUAAACUUGUUUCCAAUCUAACGUCACUCAUUAAAGGCUGCGCACAUUUCUUCGCUCGGUAUUCUUUUUCAUUGAUACGGUUUCGUUCUAGCUUACUUUGAGACAACCAAUGGGACAUCCACAAGUUUGCUUCAUCUCUGGUUUGUAAGUAGCGAGUGUCGUCUCGCCUCUAGCCUGCCUCUGGGGAAAUGCUCUUUGCUCCAAUGAGGUGAUCAGAACCAGGAGCAGAGGUCACACCAAGGCUUGAGAGUUUGGGAGGGGUGGAGAACAGAGUCCAGAGUGGAGUCCAGGUGCCUGCUUUCAGGCAGAAUCUAUCACUCACUUGCUGGCCCCGUGCAGCACCGUAGCAGCUUCCAGCACCCCAGCCUGGUGCUCAGCGUACUCCCUCCCUCCGGCCACACGUUAGAGCAACGAAGAACCAGAGCCAGUGGAAAAGCCUUAGGAGGAUGUGCGAUGGAUCCCAUGUAGACCCAGAUGCAUGGAGGAUCUGAUUUUUGAAAGGACAUCACACUGGCAUGGGACUCUCGCUCAUGUUUACGCUGGGCACGCGGGUUAGCGUCCUAAGGAGCAGCGAUGCCCGUGCCCACUGACGCGCCCCCUUCUUCCCUCCUGGCUCCUGGUCCUGGCUCCCCAGGACCCCCUGGUUCCCUCCAGCCAUGUCUCUGCCUGAGGAGAGCCAGCCACCUGGUGGCCCCGCCAUGCUGAACAAUGUCUACAUCUUCCUGGAUCUGCUCAUCGCCCUGCUGGCCGUGGCGGGCAACGUGCUGGUCUGUUGGGCCGUUUGCCUCAACAGCAACCUGCAGAGCAUCACCAACUACUUUGUGGUGUCGCUGGCCGUGGCCGACAUCGCCGUGGGGCUGCUGGCCAUUCCCUUCGCCGUGGCCAUCAGCACAGGCUUCUGCUCCCAAUUCCAUGGCUGCCUGUUCAUCGCCUGCUUCGUGCUGGUCCUCACGCAGGGCUCGAUCUUCAGCCUGCUGGCUAUCGCCGUCGACCGCUACAUCGCCAUCAAGAUCUCCCUUAGGUACAACAGUCUGGUGACUGGUAGGAGAGCCAAGGGCAUUAUCGCCAUUUGCUGGAUACUUUCCGCUGUCAUAGGCCUGACGCCAAUGCUGGGGUGGCACAAGCACCAAAACGUUACCACCAACGCCUCCCUGCCCGCCUGCCCGGCGGGCACGACCAGGUGUCUGUUUGAGGACGUGGUCAGCAUGGAGUACAUGGUCUACUUCAACUUCUUUGGCUGCGUCCUGGCGCCUCUCCUGGCCAUGCUAGCCAUCUACGCGCGCAUCUUCAUGGCUGCUCGACGGCAGCUGCGGCUCAUGGAUCUGAAGCUGGCGCACAUGCCCCGGCACAUCCACCAGAUGGACGGCCCUUCGUCGUCAUCAUCCUCCUCUUCCUCACGCUCCACGCUGCAGAAGGAGGUCCAUGCGGCCAAGUGCCUGGCCAUCAUCGUGGGCCUGUUCGCCCUGUGCUGGCUGCCUGUGCACAUCCUCAACUGCUUCACCCUCUUCUACUCGAGUGGGCGCCCCGACUGGGUCAUGUACAUAGCCAUCAUCCUCUCCCACGGCAACUCGGUGGUCAACCCGUUCAUCUACGCGUAUCGCAUCCGUGAGUUCCGUCACACCUUCCGGCGGAUCAUCCGGCAGAACCUUCUGGGCCAGGGGCGCCGCCUGAGCAGGCUGGAAGGGGGGACGAUCAGCCGGAUCGGCAUCAACACGUCCCCUGCUGUCAGCAUGGGGGACUCCACCUGCACCGUGGUGAAUGGCUACGCUCUGGAGCCCAGUCCCAAGCUGGGCUCGGUCCCUCAAGACGGCCGCCGGAGCUUUCUGGAGGAGGGGUCCGCUGGGCUUCCUCAGUGGGACGGCGGCUUGGGCGUGGCACACGGGGGGUACGUGAACAAUGGCCGUGGCACCGCCGACGGCAGCAGCUGCUUCCUGUCCACGCCUCAGCUGACCCCGCAGACCACCCACACCAGGAACUGCCCCCGGCAACGUGAACAUGAAGGCAGCUUACCGCUAAGGGCGACCGAGGUUGUGGAAGUGAAGGACUGUGCGAUGAUUUCACCCGUAGACGCCAUAUCACUGUUCUCCGUAAGGACUAACCUGCCCACUGAGCUCACGCGGGUCUCGUGAUGUCACAGUGGUGCUGAUGACGAGAUGAACCACUGGAAUCCACACAACACAGGUGUGGUAGACUACAUGAGACAUCCAGGUCCAGGUGUGAUGGACAUUUUGAGACAUUCAGUCAAGUCUUUUUUCACACCACAUUCCACAUGAACUUGGGCCGGACCAUUGACAGCACACAGAACUCUGCUCCCUAAAGACUCAUUGGAGUUACUAUGAUGUAUUUUAAUUUCUUUGCAACAACUGGCUUCACACAGACCAGGUGAUAGCAAGUUACCCUCCAGAUUACUGAUCGACUAUGGAUUGUCGAUGUCGAUGUGUCUUUGCACUGGUCAUUGAUCAUUUUGACUGACUAUUCUAUAUGUAAGCAUGGUUAUUGUAUAGCACAGUCCCUGACGACAUCUUGUGUUGACUAUAAGUGACCAAAUAUACCAUUUCAACCAUGAUGGUUGCUCAGUCUCUGAAUCAUUUUGGUAUCAUGCAUUAGUAGGCAUUAACAUGAAAACAAAAGCUAAGCCAUCCUCUGAGUAUUACACUUCCUGAAAUCUUGCUGCUUACACUAGUGGAUGAAAUUGAUUGGAUGAUGUUUGUGUUUUUUACAGUAGUUAACUGAAGCUAGAUCUCUGUAAGGCCCUCAGACCCCAAAAAGCUUGUUGUGACAUUUCUGCCAAAGCCUUGAAUAAAUGACAUCAAAGAUCA